GUACAGAUUCUUCCCUUUCACUUGCGGUUGUUUGUCGUCCACCAUCAUGUGGUUCUCGAAGGGACGAGUCACUCUUUGUUCUACCCUUUUGGUGGAUAUAUUCCCACAACUGGCCCUUAACCCUAGCACCACCCUUUUUCUUCCUGCUUAUAAGGAGCUCCCCGUGGCAAUCUCUUGCUCCCAUAUCCACCCAUUCAAUCACAUUUCUUUAAUGGCAUCCAAUUCCCUUUCUUCCUCGAGAAACUCUGCCUCUUCUUGGACGCCUAAGCAGAACAAACAGUUCGAAAAGGCUCUGGCGUUGUACGAUAAGGACACACCUGAUCGCUGGCAGAAUGUAGCAAAAGCUGUAGGUGGGAAAUCUCCGGAGGAAGUCAAGAGACACUACGAAAUUCUCAUCAAUGAUGUCAGGGAAAUUGAGUCCGGCCGAGUUCCGUUUCCUAAUUACAGGUCCGGUGAAAACACCAACUAAUCGCAUUGGCUUUCGAGCGCAGAGGCAACGCUGUGCAUACAUACAACAGCAAAGCCUCUUAGCUUCAUUGUAUUUCAGGUCUUUCAUGAGAACUACUUCGUUCCUGUAACCAAUAUUGCAAGUAUAUAUGUAUUCCUCAUUUCCUUUUAAUGUCAUCGUGUUUUGUUAGUUGAA